GAGGUCCUCUCCCCAGGCCCAGGGAGGAGUCGCGCGUUCAGGUACCUCGGGGUGAGAGAGUGCACACAUUCCUCUCUGAGACUCCGAGAGGUGUGACGGGCCACGUCCUAGUGGACGGGUCCUGCCCGGGGCCGCGAGCAGCCAGGCCCGCCUCCUUUGCUCCCCUAGGAGGCCGUGGGUCGGCCCGCCCGCGGAGGAGCGAUCGCGGGGAGAUGGCGGAGCCGCCGCGGCGGGGCCCGGAUCGGGGAGAGGUGGGCGCUCGGGGGGCCCGGGGACAUGGCGGAGCCCGGCGACCGCGGAGACAGCGCCCCGUCCUCCGGGUCCCUCUGGCCUGAGCCGCUCUGCUCCGGGGCCUGCCGCUCUUCGCUCCUGCCUCCGAGGGUAAAGAGCUUCCGAUGACCUUCCUCUCCUGGGCCACUUCAGACCCUCUCCUGCCCUGACCGAGGCUCCGAGCACAGCCGAAGAAAGCACAUGUGGAUGGUGCCUAGGGGCUGCUGAGGCAGGAGGUGACCAGGCUGGGGCCGGAGCUUGUGCCACCCUCCGUGCCCUGUGAGAAGCCCAGCUGGUGCCUGCGGGGAGCGUUGGCGAGCCGGGCCGCCCAGAACCAUGGGCCAGAGGCCAUGGUGACGUGAGGCUAAUGGAGCAUGCCCGGCCCACACCAAGGGAGCUCUUGUCUACCUCUUCACCUCUCCCGGGAGCUGAUCUCUGCUUCCUCUCCUCUCCCACAUCGAUCCCUUCCCUGCCAGCUCCCAAGCGACUUCCUCUCCCACCCCAGGAACCUUAGUGCCCUCCUUCCCACGCCAUGCUCCAGCUGUGGAAAGUGGUCCGUCCAGCUCGGCAGCUGGAGCUGCAUCGUCUGGUGUUGCUGCUUAUCGCCUUCAGCUUGGCCUCCAUGGCCUUCCUGGCCUACUAUGUGUCCACCACCCCCAAGGCCAAGGAGCCCCUGCCUCUGCCCCUGGGUGACUGCAGCAGUGGUGGUGCUGCAGGCCCUGGGCCAGCCCGGCCCCCGGCACCCCCCUGGCCUCCUCGGCCAUCAGAAACAGCUCGCACCGAGCCCGUGGUGCUGGUCUUUGUGGAAAGUGUGUACUCACAGCUGGGCCAGGAGAUUGUGGCCAUCUUGGAAUCCAGCCGUUUCCGAUAUAGCACAGAGCUGGCCCCCGGCCGGGGGGAUAUGCCCACAUUGACCGAACGUGCCAGGGGCCGCUACGCCCUUGUUGUCUAUGAGAACCUACUUAAGUACGUCAACCUGGAUGCCUGGAGCCGUGAGCUCUUGGACCGAUACUGUGUGGAAUAUGGGGUGGGCAUCAUCGGCUUCUUCCGUGCCCACGAGCACAGUCUGCUCAGUGCCCAGCUCAAGGGCUUCCCUCUCUUCCUACAUUCCAACCUGGGGCUGCGUGACUAUCAGGUGAACCCUGCCGCCCCACUGCUGCACCUCACUCGGCCCAGCCGUCUGGAGCCUGGGCCGCUGCCCGGGGAGGACUGGACAGUCUUCCAGUCCAACCACAGCACAUAUGAGCCAGUCCUGCUGGCCAGUCCGCGGCUGGCUGAGGCCUCCUCCCUGGGCCCGGUGCCCCGUCGUGCCCGCCUGCCCACAGUGGUGCAGGACCUGGGGCUGCAUGAUGGCAUCCAGCGUGUGCUUUUUGGCCACAGUCUCACCUUCUGGCUUCACAAAUUGGUCUUUGUGGAUGCUGUUGCCUACCUCACUGGGAAGCGCCUCUGCCUUGCCCUUGAUCGCUAUAUCCUGGUGGACAUCGAUGACAUUUUUGUGGGCAAAGAAGGCACCCGAAUGAAGGUGGCUGAUGUUGAGGCCCUGCUUACCACACAGAGUAAACUCAGGGCUUUAGUCCCCAACUUCACUUUCAACCUGGGCUUCUCAGGAAAGUUCUACCAUACAGGGACAGAGGAGGAAGAUGCAGGGGACGACAUGCUGCUGAGGCACCGAAACGAGUUCUGGUGGUUUCCCCAUAUGUGGAGCCAUAUGCAGCCACACCUGUUCCACAAUCGCUCUGUGCUGGCGGAUCAGAUGCGGCUCAACAAACAGUUUGCUCUGGAGCAUGGGAUCCCCACGGAUCUGGGGUAUGCAGUGGCUCCCCACCACUCGGGCGUGUACCCCAUCCACACACAGCUCUAUGAGGCCUGGAAAUCUGUGUGGGGCAUCCAGGUGACCAGCACUGAAGAAUACCCCCACCUCCGGCCUGCACGCUACCGGCGAGGCUUUAUUCACAACGGCAUCAUGGUCCUGCCCCGACAGACAUGUGGUCUCUUCACUCACACCAUCUUCUACAAUGAGUAUCCUGGAGGCUCUCGAGAGCUGGACAGGAGCAUCCGUGGUGGAGAGCUCUUCCUGACCGUUCUGCUUAACCCGAUCAGCAUCUUCAUGACCCAUCUGUCUAACUAUGGCAACGACCGGCUGGGCCUGUACACUUUUGAGAGCUUGGUGCGCUUCCUGCAGUGCUGGACCCGGCUGCGCCUGCAGACUCUGCCCCCAGCCCCCCUGGCACAAAAGUACUUUGACCUCUUUCCUCAGGAACGCAGCCCGCUCUGGCAGAACCCCUGUGAUGACAAGAGACACAAAGACAUCUGGUCCAAGGAGAAGACGUGUGACCGGCUCCCCAAGUUCCUCAUUGUGGGGCCCCAGAAAACAGGAACCACGGCCAUCCACUUCUUCCUGAGCCUGCACCCAGCUGUGACUAGCAGCUUCCCAAGCUCCAGCACCUUUGAAGAGAUCCAGUUCUUCAAUGGCCCCAAUUACUACAAAGGCAUCGACUGGUACAUGGACUUUUUCCCAGUCCCCUCCAAUGCCAGCACCGACUUCCUGUUUGAGAAAAGUGCCACCUACUUUGACUCCGAGGUUGUCCCCCGUCGGGGAGCAGCCCUGUUGCCCCGUGCCAAGAUCAUCACAGUGCUUACCAACCCUGCUGACCGGGCCUACUCCUGGUACCAGCAUCAACGAGCACAUGGUGACCCUGUAGCCCUGAACCACACCUUCUACCAAGUGAUCUCAGCCCCACCACAGGCUCCUUCCGCACUCCGUGCCCUACAGAACCGCUGCCUCAUCCCUGGCUACUACUCCACCCAUCUGCAGCGCUGGCUCACCUAUUACCCUUCUGGGCAGGUGUUGAUAGUGGAUGGACAGGAGCUGCGCACAAACCCAGCGGCCUCCAUGGAGAGCAUUCAGAAGUUCCUGGGGGUCACCCCCCUUCUCAACUACACAAGAACCCUCAGGUUUGAUGAGGGGAAGGGAUUCUGGUGCCAGGGGCUAGAGGGUGGCAAGACACGAUGCCUGGGCAAGAGCAAAGGACGGAGGUACCCAGACAUGGACGCUGAGUCCCGCCUUCUCCUGAUUGACUUUUUCCGGGACCACAAUCUGGAAUUGUCGAAACUGCUGAGUCGGCUUGGGCAGCCAUUGCCUUCUUGGCUUCAGGAAGAGCUGCGGCGUUCAAGCCUGGGCUGAGCGGCCAGGCCCAUUCCUCCCCCCCCCCCCCUCCACAGGAGGAGCCUCGAGGCUUGAAGACCAGGCAGGGCCUGUGAGCUAGCCCACUCACUCUCCUCCGGCUCAGUGCUCUUGAGGGCCUGGAUGGACAAGGAGAGUGGGACCCACUUUAUGCAUCCUUUCUGGGGCCCAAGGCCCUACUCCUGACCAGGGCCCUCCCAUCUCUUGGUCUUGGGGGGGAUUGGGGAUAAAACUGACAUGGCCCCCAGUAGCACAUCUCUAUUUUUCUCAGAAGAGACGGCCUACAAGGUCAGCAGCUUCCCUUGCUUAGGAACCCUUCAGUCAAAGGGGUCACUCUGCAGUCUGGCCUCCCUAUGUCAUUCACAUUGAAUGGGGAUGAGGUCGGACAGCAGCUCUUGGAGCUGAGAACAAGGCUAGAAAGAUCCUUAAUAAACAUCAUUAUUUUUC